AUGCAUGAUUUUCUAACUACUAAACAUUUUGAUUUAGAACAUCAAGAAUUUGACGAUCCCAAAACGUGCGAGAAACUCAUUUGUAACGGUCGUCCUUGUGCAAAAUGUCAUAUGUGUCGUGAUUGGCAUUUUACCGGAGAUUACGAUACAUGGACACGGAUCACCAAUUGGGAGAAUUGGACAAAAGAUGAAUGGAAUCGUUUUCGCAAUGAUGGUAUUCGUAACAAUUUUAAGGAACGUGAUGGUGCCACAUUUGUUGAACAAACAAGAAAACAUUUAGAAGAAAUUGUUUCUACACAUAUGGAAUUAAUUUUAUCAAAUGAUUGGAAAGGUUUACUUGAAUUAACAAAUGCUAAUGGAAAAUUAUGUUCUCAUUCAUAUUCUGUUCAAGCUUUUAGAAGCUUUAUAUGA